GGCGGCCGUCACGCGACGACAGGAAAGACGGCCUGACAAUGUAAAUUCCUCGUCUCACGUGACUGCGAGUAAAAGCGUUCUCAUUCUACGUAAGUCCACAUGAAACCUAACGGUAUGACAAGGCUUGUGAAAGAAACUUUCCGUUUCAUAAUGACUCAACACAAAGAAAGUGAAAGGGGUGGGAGGUAUAAAAGCCGAGAGACCCGACGUCCCACAGACACAAUGACACACACAACUCACCCAGGUGGGCGGAGCUUAUUCACAGGACUCAUCGGUGGACUCUUCAUCACCAUGACCGUUGCAGUGAUAGUUCCUCCGAAGAUCCUCCACCCCACAGAUGGCACAAUCCUCACAACAGAAGGUGACGGCUGUAGAAUAAAUUGUACGGCACGCACAAUGUUUCCGAAAUUCUACAUAGUCUACUGGCUGGUCAAUGACACCUUCAUUGAAGACGCGUUCCUGGACGGACGGGUGAAGGAGGAGGAGGAGGAUAGCAUCAUCAAUAAUGGCCCAUCAUCAUAUGAGGUGACCAAGGCUCUUGUGUUCACAUCCACGCAACCCGAUGACUUCACGCGGACCUUCACAUGCAUCGUACAGGACCCGGCCGGGGUGGACACCAAGAACAUCACACUGGCACCAAAAGCCGAGAAGACGACCACUCGAAAGCCAAAAGACGGGAAAAGGCACAACAGGCCCAAAAGGAACAAAAAGGGAAAAAAACAAGAAGCAGGACAAUGAAUGAACUAGGAUUUCCAAUCACCAAAUGCAUGUGACUCGGCGGCCACCAAAUACACCGGUGAGGAACCACCACUCCGCUCUGUGAGAUUUGGAAUUUGGUUCUU